AACUAUUCAGUCCCUUAAGCUAUUAUUAAGUAAUAGCAGCAGGCUACAUAAAAACCCUUUAAUAAGAUUUAAAUACUUUCCCUAAUAUGCAAUCUCUUUUUAAACGGCCACCAUGGGCAGUUCAGACACAAGAAGAUGCGACACCUGAUUUUUACCGGCGAUCUCAACAUACCUAUACAGAUAUCAUUGCUGCCAAUAGGGAUACACGAGUAAAAAACCCUAGGCAUACUAACACAAUUGAAUCACAAGAUAACAAAACGAUAAAACGCUGCCGGGUCUCUAAAGAAAACUCGAGUUCACAAUGUCACAGUCCACCCCUUUCCAUCACAUAUGACACCCCUCAAAGGCAGGAUAUUUGCUUUAAGCCACAAUGCCCUGUCUCAGAGCCACCUCAAAUAUCAACACUCUCUCUACCCCAAUCAAAAGCAUUAGGUACAGGCGAUUCAUUACCUUCUGCUCAUAUUCUUUCAAGUACAACUCCAUCCAAUGGUGAUAUUGUCCAUGGAAUCGCUACUCAUAAAACAAAGAAGUUUUCUGAAUCCGGCCACGAUCUUUUUCUUGGUUCUAGCACUGACCAGAACUCAUGCGCACCGAAUCAAUCAGGAUUAAAACAGGAAUUCGAACAUGUACAGCAAGAUGGCACUGUUCAAGUACUUGUAACCUCGGAAAUUCCCGAGACAAAGCCAUUGAUCGUGCAUCGCAAGAUUUCGCAGAGCUUCCGAGAGGUUCGCCUCGCCUGGUGUAAACGCCAAAAUCUCACAGGUCUUGAAAAAUCCGUAUUCCUCACUUGGAAAGGCAGGAGGAUCUUCGAUGUGACAACAUCCAGAAGCUUGGGUAUUAAAACCCCGGCUGCAGAAGAUGUAAUUGGCGAUGCUGGCAAUUUUCGUAUCCAUGUGGAAGCGGUUGCAGAAGAUUCUAUCCCAUCUCAAGCCAACAGUGGGAUAAGUGCUCCUAAUAUCAGUCCUACAUCUAAAUCUCACUGCCAGUCCAGUCAAACAAGCGAUAUCAUCAGAAUUACGUUGAAAUGCCUAGACUCUGGACACUACAAAAUAAAGGCCUCGAGCAAGGCAAGUAUAUCUCGGAUUAUUUCAUCCUUUAGAGAAGCAAAACAUCUUGCGCAGGAUCAACAAGUACACCUCUUCUUCGACGGAGAUCGCCUCGACCCUGGAUCUCGUUUGGGUGACUAUGACAUCGCGGAUCUUGACAUGAUAGAUGUUUGCCUCAAGUAAAUACUUCAUUUCCUAGGAUGUGGCAAUCCUAGUCCAUGCUGUCUCUAGUGCAAACUCUUUGUUCUUUCUGGGAUACUUAAUACCAUAUCUGCUACGAUAAUUACUUAUAUCAUUG